ACACACACACACAGGGAGUCAUGGGAAGAGGUAGACCGACAGUCACAGUACACUCUGUAGUGGUGUAGAGAGAGACGCAGGCUGCGGUCAGUAUGAGAGGAGAUAAGUUUACAGGGUGAGCUCGGCUGGUUGGCAGCCGUUGUCGUAUUCUUGGAGAGACAACCGUAAACCCGGUGGACGUCGAGGAGUCGUGGGACAGUCUGUGUUUAACGGGACGGAGGAAACAACUAGAGAAUACGGACACCGAGCGGCGGCGGCGGCAGGAGCAGGGCGAGUGUGAGUGCUUUGGCGGCGGUCCCGCUGCUAGCGAAACAUGAACAAAAACCACCGAGUGCCGAGCAACCGAUCUCUGAGUGCCGUGGAGGUGAAGAGUAAGUUUGGUGCAGAGUUUCGUCGAUUCUCUCUGGAUCGAUCGAAGCCAGGCCGCUUUGAUGAGUUCUAUGGCCUCCUGCAGCACGUACAUCGCAUCCCCAAUGUGGAGUUGUUGGUCGGCUACGCCGACGUGCAUGGCGACCUGCUGCCCAUCAAUAAUGACGACAACUACCACAAAGCCAUCUCCACAGCUAGCCCUCUACUCAGGCUGUUUCUGCAGAGGAAAGAGGAGGCUGAUUACUCGACAUUUGGCACCGACUCGCUGACGAGAAAGAAAAACACGGUGCUUUCCGCGGUUCUACUGCGGCCUGACGCCGCCAGGAAAAAAGCUCCGGUGAUCAUCAGCCUCCCUCGAGACUUCCGGCCCGUCUCCUCCAUCAUCGACGUGGACAUCCUCCCCGAGACGCACCGACGCGUUCGCCUUUACAAGCACGGCCAGGAAAAACCGCUGGGCUUCUACAUCCGCGACGGCUCCAGCGUGCGGGUCACACCACAGGGUCUCGAGAAGGUCCCGGGGAUCUUCAUCUCCCGCAUGGUGCCUGGCGGGUUGGCGGAGAGCACUGGCCUCUUGGCGGUCAAUGACGAGGUGCUGGAGGUGAACGGUAUCGAGGUGGUUGGGAAGUCUCUGGACCAGGUGACGGACAUGAUGAUCGCCAACAGCCACAACCUCAUCAUCACAGUCAAACCUGCUAACCAGCGAAAUAAUGUUGUUCGUGGUGGUGGAGGAGGAGGAGGAGGAGGGGGGACGGCAUCCGGCAGCUCAGGACGCUCGUCAGACAGCGGCGCCAGCUACUACGGCUACUCAUCGCACGGCGGGGUAGGUGCUGCUGCCUCCAUGCCAACACACAUCAUUCAGAACUUUCCUGUUGGGGAUCUGGACAGCGAUGAGGAUGACGAAGAUCUGGUGAUCGACGCAAGAGGCGAGGCUGAGCCAAUCAGACGAGCCGCCUCCAACUACAGCAUGCCCUCGCUGCCUCGCUACGAGCCGCACUUAAACCUCCGGGCUGCUACCAGCUCCACUUCCGCCCUCUCCAUCAAUGCCAACGGGACCCUGCCAGCCAGCGGCAGCAGUGGAUCGCUAAGCAACACCAAUGCUACUUCGAGUACGCCCUCGCCUGACAGAGCAACAGAGAGGCGGAGUCUGGAGGAAGAUGGCACUGUUAUAACUCUCUAGACUGGGCAUUUACACUUUAAACACUUGGAACCACCUUAAUACUACUACACACACUUGAGGGAGUCACAGAUCAGAAAACUAGCUGAGGGAACAUCCUGGACCAUCAAACUGAGAAGCACAAUGAAAUUUUUUUUUUUUUUUUGCAUACUUACAUGUCAAACACUUCACCCUAUGCCAAUGACCACGAGUGUGCCAUAGUGGUGACGCCCCCCUGAUCCUGCAGGCGAAAAAAGAUUAGUGAAAAAGUAUAAAAUCCUCCAGAAGCACUUCUUUUCACUUCUUAAACUGUAAUUAUGUGAGCCUCCACUAGAGGGCAGUGAUGACAAAUAGUAUCCCAAACAUUUCCAAGCAUCAGUCCCAUAAAUAUAUGAAGGUGACGAUCAUGUGAACAGGUUAAUUCCACAUCCUAUCGUACUCACUCCCUGAAACAUUUCAUCUCACACAUUUCACGACAAUCUCUGGUUGUUUUUUGGCCUUAUCCUCCCACUCUCUCAGCCCUGCGCCAUACUGUAACCACCUCCCUUCCCCGGGUUGACAACAGCAACGUGAUUGGUUGCACAGUUGCGGUACUUUGAACUCGAUGGAGUGCCACAACGAUCGACCAAGCGCUGAGAUCUGCAAUAAUAGUGUAGCUUUUUCUGAGGAUAAACCACCUAAGAAACAAGUCUGGGUCCAUUUGUGGCUCAGAUGCU